AUGGGAAGUGACAUUACAGGAUAUGACCUCCACACAGGAAAUGACCUAACAGGAAAUCCUUCCAACAGGACUUCCCCACUGCUGCUUGAACUGGUUUCUACAGCUGUCCAGAUCAGCGUGUCCUCAGCAUCGGCUUUGGUGGCCAUACCCCAGACCUUGUUGGUCUGGAAGAUUGUGGAGCUAGCUUCAAAAUGUGACCUUCAGGUCAGGCAUGUUACGAAGAAGCGGUGGGCGAGAUCGGUGGCGAACGAGCCGACGCCUAUAGACUGCGUGAUGAGCAGCUGGUCAUCCUGGAGCGGGUGUGACCCAUGUACGAAAAAGAGAUAUCGAUUUACUCAAAUGACCCAAGUGCCACAGUUCGGUGGUGAGCGGUGUGACAUCAUAGACCGCGAGGAGGAGUCAUGUGUGACCAGCAGCCUUUGCAGGAACAACAAGAGAUGUGAGGGCUUCCAGUGUGUGGGGUCUGGAAAGUGUAUCCCUCGACGACUGACGUGUAAUGGAGAUGACGACUGUGGAGAUUCCUCUGAUGAGAAGAACUGUAAGUCUAUCCGGAGUCCAUGUACAGAUAGGAUGGAGCAGUACUGGGCCAUUGAAAACCUGGCAUCCGGAUUAAAUCUGUUAACAAAUUUGCGUGAAGGACUUGUGUUGGAUCACCGCUACUACGGCGGCGGCUGCGCUCCACAUUACAUCCUGGGCACUCGGUUUAGAAAGCCGUUUAAUGUGGAAAGUUACAUCACUGACGCUAAAGGAGAAUACAAAUUCACACUCUCUGACCACGAAUCCUUCUCAGACUAUGAAAGAGAUUACCUGAGCGCUCAUGGAAAGCAAAGAAGCUUCGGCAUCGGCAUCUUCAUCCCCGGAGUGUUCGAGUUCGGAUUCAACUAUGGCAACAUGAAGUUUAAAAAGUACAUAGAGAGGACAAAGAGUUUUUCGCACACUCAAAGCUUAUUCAUCAGCGCUCGGUCGGAUUUGGAAGUGGCGAAAUACAAGCUGAAGUCCCGCGGAGUGAUGCUGCAUUCGGAGUUCUUCCAGAGGGUGAAGCAGCUGCCGGCGGAAUACGUCUACGGCGAAUACCGGGACCUUCUCAGGGACUAUGGAACACAUUACGUCACUGAGGCCACGCUGGGCGGAGUCUAUGAGUAUACCCUGAUCCUCAACAAAGAUCACGUGAAAAAAGAAGGUUAUUCCUUAAGUGACGUGAAGUCCUGUAUGAAUUUGGGAUUUAGUCUCGGCGGUAAUAUCGCUGGUAUUGUGUACAUAAGUGUUGGGAUGACGAACAACCAGUGCGGCGCACUUCUGAAGGAGAUUGGAGAUCCGACCGAAAAUAGAAAAAUUGUAGAAGAUUUUGUCGUUCUUCUACGUGGAGGAUCCAGCGAGCACGUGGCCACCCUCGCCUACAGGAAUCUCCCCACACCGGAGUUAAUGCAAGAGUGGGGGGACGCCGUGCAGUACAGUCCCGAAAUCAUAAAUAUUAAGACCAACCCUUUGUAUGAAUUAGUGACGCCGACGGACUUCAUCGGGUCCAACGUUCUGCAGGGGAACAUGAAACGCGCCCUGGAAGAAUUUGAAAAGGAGACCGCGUCCUGCCGCUGUGCCCCAUGCGAAAAUAAUGGCGUCGCAUUCUUUAAAGAGAAUCGCUGUGAAUGUGUUUGUCCAAACGGGUUCAAAGGGUCAGCUUGUGAAAUCACCAAAAGGCCAGCUCCCCCCAUUGAUGGAGUUUGGGGUUGUUGGUCCAGUUGGACGUCAUGUUCAGGAAGAGUCCAAACAAGACAACGACAGUGCAAUAACCCUUCACCGAGGAACGGAGGUCGGCCUUGUCCAGAGCCAUCCUCGGAGAGCAGAAGCUGUUAGCUGCCCCCUACUGGCCAAGGAAGACAUAUGGGGACGGCAGGUCUGCCACUUUGGGGGUGAUUGGUCUUUUUUUCUGGAAAAUGUGUCUGAAAUAACCCAAUAAAAUUCCACAAUUAGCUA